AUGUCGAUUCAAAGCUGCGCGAAUACGAGUACAUCAUGGACUGGCAUCUACUGGUAUACUAACCAACUCGAACAAAACACAAAUUUCAUUAUUCGACAUCAGUAUUUCACGGUUCCAAAUAGUAUCGUCCAAGGAACACCACAAUUACAGUCAGAAAUCAAUGGGUUUGUCACCAAUCAUGUUUACUUGACAGAUUUCACUAUCAUUUUAUUUUCACUAACAGCCAAUUUCGAUUCAUUUGUUCGAUUGGUCACGAUUCCAAAUUUUGGUUAUCAAGAUGUCGACUGGAUGAAUAUGUCAGUGACAGAUUCCGUCGCUUCGGUCAAACGUGGCAAUUGCACAUUUCCCGAGAAGUGUCUACUAGCUGAAAAGUACCAUGUGAAAGGAUUGCUGAUUUUCAAUGAAGGAACAGCACCAGAUCGUUUUCAACCAUUACAGUAUGUAGAAAAUAAUAUGAAUGCAACAAUUCCGGCCUAUUUCCUAUCGUAUAACCUGGGAAUGCAAUUUGUCAAUGCAAGUGACAACGUUAGUAUUCGAAUGACAGUCAAUGUCAGUGAUGCAGAAAUAAUCGAAAAUAUUUGUGCUGAUACGGUAACUGGAGAUAAAACAAAAACAAUUGUGAUCGGUUUUCACAGUGAUGGAGUGUUAGAAGGAAGUGGGAUUAAUGAUAAUGAUAAGAAGAGCGUCAAAUGCCGCAGUUAUCCUUUCUAUUAUUGCUUAGGCAGUGGCACUGUCGGCAACUUGGUUCUGGCCCUUAAUUUAGCUCGUCUACUUCAAACAUGUUCAUUAAACUACGCUCCAUAUCGAUAUCGUGUUCGAUUCUGUUGGUGGGGUGUAGAAGAACUCGGUCUUCUCGGUUCAAUUUAUCAUGUCGACCAGAUCUCCUUGCCUACGGCCACCACCAAAGGUGAACGCUUGCAAGAUUAUCUUCUAUAUUUGAAUUAUGACAUGCUCGCCUCUCCCAAUAAUAAUUUUGGUAUUCUUGACAGUUUUGCAGUUCCACCGGCAACACCUGAACAAGCUCUGCCCGGCACUGGCCGAAUUACAGAUCUACUUCAUCAAUGGUUUAAUGAACAGAAACUUUCGUGGACCAAAUCGAGUAUCGGAGGUGGCAAUGAUUUUAUACCACUUUUGACUAAAGAUAUAGCUGCUGGCGGAAUCAACACUGAGGCUGGUGGAAUCAAAUCAGCAACUGAACGAGAUCAAAAUGCAGCAAUGUUGGGAAUAGCAAGUGGUGGAAUAGCCAAUGCUGCUUAUGAUUCAUGCUACCAUCAACAAUGUGAUAGGAUCACAAAUAUCAAUCCAUUUGCAUAUGAGAAAGUUGUUAAAGCGGCUGCUUAUGCUCUUCAGUACACGGGGCGAUUAAACGAUCUGGAAAAAUGGUUGUAUCCACAAGGCCGAGUGAAUUACUUGGACCUGCUCAACAAAAACUAGCUAUAUAAUAUUUAUAAUAAUCCUGAUCUUUUUUAAAUUUCCACAAUUGCAAUGUGAUUAAUUUAUUAACAACUGAUGGAAGCCUUCAAUUAGAAUAAAGCACCGUAGAGAUUGAUAUAAAAAGUUUUGUCUGAAAUUUUUCUUCUUUAAUUAUAUUUGAUCAUAUCUUUCGCCAUUCGGUGAUCGUGAAUGCCAUAAGGUUACCUAAAUUUCGAAUUCGUUACGCUCUACUCAUAUAAAAUAAUUAAUUUAUUAUUUUGU